AUGGAUGGCUAUGAUCGAAUACAAUCCUCGAAGCAAUGCGAGCUGCAGCACAACAUUCGUCAGCUCCAAUACCAAGGAUUAAGGGUGCUGCUUUUCAGUGCGGUAUCCAAGCUCGACGUCUUCCCGCCAGCCUGGCCUGUUGAGUGCGACAAGUGUGGACGUAGGGGGGAGGAUAAAGAUGGCCUGUACAUCUACUGGGCAUGCGAUCUAUGUCCUUGCGAUCUCUGUGACACGUGCAAAACUGCGGAUAUCCACUGUGAUGACCGCCAACAUCAAAUGUCUGAGCCUUACGAUGUGGUCAACAUGAAACUUGUUACAGUACCCUCAGAGCUGGAGUCCUUUGUAAGGGCUGAUUUGACGGCUGAAUAUGGUUCGGAAUUAGACGACGACGUUGUCGAAGCUGUCUGCGAGCCCAGUGACGGCAACAUAAAUCUCGCCAAGCUUCGCCUCGACCAGAUUCGUGAUCUUGAUUCACCUUCUGACAUUUUGUCGCCUGCUGAUCGCCUCCCUCGGGAAGUGGUUGCAUUGUUCGAUGCGGAGAUCAAGCUCAUCAAUAUUCUGGAACCAUCUCAGAGGUACCAAACGUUGUUGGCCCUCAUAGCCAUAGCAGAAGCUGGAGAUUGGAUGUCAGUCGUUAGACUCGAAGAGCUUCUGAGUCAUAUGAGUGGCUCCGAUGCGUUCUGCAGUGACGGGUCUUAUCCUCGAGUGCGUCGCGUGUUGAGUUCGGCCCGUGGGCUGCUUUCUUCACUUAUUUUCUUCGGCAACUUAUCACCUGAGCAUGAAGAGUCAGAAAGACAUAGGGUUGGUCUCUAUAUUCGGGAUCUAGGCUGGUAUAUCCGUGAAGACUACAAUCAGGAUCUAGUUCUAGCCAAGCAGUACCUGAACGAAGCUAAAAUAGAAGAAAGUAAUCUGGAUCGCAGCUACAGUUUCGAAAGAACCGUCGGCGAAAGAAAGCAGGACAUCGAUGAGCCUAAUAACACAUUAUACGGAGUCUGGAGGUCAAAGUACAAGCUCCAUGAAAUCUCCGGUAACAGUAUCAUUGACUCAGUACUUCGAGAACCCGAGGGUAUAUGUACACCUUGCCAAGAAAGUAUAUUCCUGCCAAAGUCGAACUCAGGAGUACGAACAUGGUCCAAUUACGAUCGGAACCGAAAUUUGAAGACAUACUGUCAAUUCUGCUGUUACGCCUACAACGAAAUGGAUGAUAAAAGAACAAGUAUGCUGGCUUUUCAUUGGACAAGGCGGACGAUGGGCCGCACCUCCAACUCCAACGACCACAUGGUUGUGGCUCUGAGGCACACUGAAUUCUCUGCACAAACAUCCUUCAGGCGAUUUGUCUUUAUGUUGAAGUCGGAACUCAGAUUUUUACCGGCUCCUGAUCGUCUGGGUGAGACGACUACCCUGAAACACACUGGCAAACAAAUUCAAAAGUGGUUAGAAACUUGCCAAACGGAGCAUACCCACUGCAACUACAAAAAGGUGAAACCGUACGUGCCCAAACGCCUUGUGGAUAUCGACACAGGUGCUUCCGACAGGCUGCGCGUCAUUGGGAAGGAAGAGAAGGAGGAGGGGCCGUAUGUCACUCUGAGUCACAGCUGGGGGCGCAAUCCUAACUUUCUGACGCUCACCACGAAAGAUAAAGACAGGCUCAUGAAGCAGGGUUUCUCGGUAACAGAGCUCAGGAACAAGAACUUCGAGCAGGCUAUCGAGGUCGCGCGACAUCUCAAAGUAAAGUACAUCUGGAUCGAUUCCUUAUGCAUAUGCCAAGCUGGGAGAGACAAAGAUUUCAGAGAGGAAGGGCAAUAUAUGCACCUUGUCUAUCAAAAUUCGUUCUGCAACAUUGUUGCCGCAGACUCAAAAGAUGGCCAGGGUGGUCUUUUUAGGAAUAGACCUAUCGAAACGUUGCCGGGUACAGAUACACAAGGAUCCUGGGUGGUCUUAGACAAAGAGCUUUGGGCAAAGCAACUGUUACAGAGCCCUAUAUACAUGCGUGGCUGGGUGUUUCAAGGUAAGCUGAUAGAUUAA